AUGGAGACGCUGGAAGAGAAGUACAGCGAGUCAGAAGAAGAAGAGGAAGACGGAGGGGAGAGGGAAAACGAAACGGAGCUCACAACGACGGGCGAUCAUACCCGGAGGAGGUCGGGGACCCCGAGCUCGUCUCCAAGUGCGGCCAACGGCGGUCUGGUGGUCCUUAUCACCGGAGGCAACGGCCGUCUGGGCAGAGAAAUAGCCAGACUGGUCUACGAGCACUGGCCCGGCGUGCAAGAGAUACGACUGCUGGACCUGGUACCGCCACAACAGGCGGUCAUAUCGGGGAUCACUGGCUACGGAGAAAGCGGCGGGAAGCCGAGGGUCUCUUACUGUCCCUACGACGUGACGAGGGUCGAGGACCUCCGCGUCUGCUUCGCCAAGGUGCACGUGGUGAUCCACUGCGCGGCGCUGGUGGACGACGGCAGCUUGUGCACCCGGAGAAAGAUGACGAGAGUCAACGUGGAAGGAACGAGAAACGUUAUCGACGCGUGUCUGGACUGCGGAGUCAGGGCACUUGUAUUCACCGGUACAAUGGCUCAGGUCUACACGUCGAGCAUCAAGAGCCCAGUCAGAUUCGACGAGGUGUUUGAGAUUCCUCGAAACGCCGAGCUCCUCUUCCCUCACUACGGCGGGUCAAAGGGAGCGGCAGAAGUGCUCGUGUUGGAGGCAAACGAACGAAGAGGAAAGGACAGGGUCGUCCUCCACACAUGCUCGCUGCGACUCCCCCCUCUCUACGGGGAGUGCGAUGCAAACCUCAUCCUAUCCGGCCUCAGAAUGGCAAAGUACUCGUGUGGUUUAUCCGUGCACGUCGGUACACGACGGAAAACAAUGCAAUCCUUGUACUCCGGCAACGCAGCCUGGGCCCAUGUACUCGCUGCUCGGAGACUCCUAGAUGAGAACACGAGAGAGGCUGUCGGUGGAAAUUUCUACUACAUCGGUGACGACAGCCCUGCAUGGCCACUGGGAGAAUACCACAGGCAGUUUCUCAAACCGUUUGGCUACAAGCGAGUCCCCUACCUCAGAAUCCCCAUAUGGCUCCUGCUAUUGCUAGCCUACCUUCUGGAGUUCCUGGCCAUUUUACUGUCACUGGUGAAGAUUGACUUUGCAAACAGCUUGACGAGGGCCAGCGUGAGGUGGCUGGACUAUAGUCAUUCGUACUCGUGGGAAAAGGCCAGGAGAGAGCUUCUCUACGAGCCGCUGUUUGACCGAAGUGCUGCCUUGGCUCGUUCAGUGGAGUACUACAGGCAACACAUAUGA